AAAUCAAUAUUGAUAAAGGCGAAGUGAAGGCGGCGUUUCGUGCGACGGCCCUACUUAUCAUUCUUCACAUAGAGACGAGGCCAGAAGAAGAGAGAGAGUGGAUGUUAAGAGUUGGGAGACUGCUUUCCAACCAUUGGGGUUCUUGAUAAAAAUAAAACGAUAUAUUUUUGACCGAUUAAACCUUUUUAUAAAAUUGGAUAUGAACGAUCACCUUAUCAGUGGAUAUUCACAUCACGAUAAAGAAGACUAAUCGACAAUAUGAAUAUAUUUAACAAUUAAAUUGUAAAAAUAAAAAGGGUCCUGGCACAUUGCAUUAUGGGUGGGGUCCCAUUGUUUCCGCCCCCCAUCCGCCCCUAGGUAAGAUGGCGGCGCGAGGCUCAUUGAUAGCCGCGCUCACUCCACUGCUGCCCUGAAGCAGCGCCGCGCUCUCUCCACUGCUGCCCUGAGGGAGAGCCGCGCUCUCUCUCCACUGCUGCUGCCCCGAGAUGUCGCGUGCGCUGCCCCAGAGCAAGGAGGCGCUGCUGCAGUCGUUUAAUAAGCGGCUCAAGGACGACGUCCGCUCCAUCCUGGACAACUUCACGGAGAUCGUCAAGACGGCCAAGGUGGAGGAGGAGAGCCAGGUGUCCCGCACCACGCAGUCGGAGCAGGACCACUAUGAGAUGCACGUCCGCGCGUCGAACAUCGUGAGGGCGGGCGAGUCCCUGACGAAGCUGGUGUCGGAGCUGAAGCAGUUCCUGAUCCUCAACGACUUUGCUGCAGUGAACGAGGCGGUGGCCCAGCGUGCGGCCCACCUGCGCACCACGCACGAAGAGUGUGACCGCAAGCUUGUGUCCCUGCGCGACGACAUCGCCACCGACCUCUACGAGCUCGAGGAGGAGUUCUACUCCAGCAGCUGGAUCCCAGAGCCCCCCGCAGGCCCCGAGGGAGGCCCUCCGCAGUGCGGGGGGGGAGGGGAGCCGGGCGGUGAUCGCGGCUCUCAGGGCCCCGGCGGCGUGGGGGGGGUGGGCGGGGGCGACCCCACCGGGGCCACGGCUCCCGCGGCCUUCCUGGGCCCACGCGGCGGAGGGCCCGGCAGCCUGGGGGACGGGAGGCCCUCGCACGCACAGUGACGGGGAGGGGCAGGG